CUGAGGAUGAACCAGAGAGGCUGCACACACACAAACAUCCACACUGAGCUCCUGGUAUCUUUGAUUUAAAUAAACACAUCAUGAUUGUUCUGGUGAUUAUAAGUCUGCUGCAGGAGCUUCUUGCUGUUGCAGGUAAAGCCUUGGACCCGUGCUCAGCCUACAUCAGCCUGAAUGAACCCUGGAGGAACACAGAUUACCAUGUCAACCAGUCAUCUGGCGUGCCGUUGUGCGACAGCCACAUGUCCGGAGAAUGGUACCGCUUCACUGGCAUGGCCGGGGAUGCCAUGCCCACCUUCUGCGUCCCUGAGAAUCACUGUGGCACCCACGCUCCCGUCUGGCUCAACGGCAGCCAUCCUAAACCCAAUGAGGGCAUUAUCACUCUCCAAGUGUGUGCCAGCUUCAACGACAACUGCUGUCAGUGGAACGCCAGUGUAGACGUGAAGGCCUGCGUCGGGGGAUACUUUGUGUACCGCCUACCCAGACCCUCAGUCUGCUUCCAUGUGUACUGUGGCCAUUUUUAUGAUAUCUGCGAUGAGGUUGAAUGUGCAGGCCCCAGAUGUCCAGAGUCGGACUGCCGCUGUGCUCUUGGAACUGAGCUGGGACCAGACAGACAGACAUGCCUGGAUGUAAAUGAGUGUGAGAAGGGCAAUGGCGAUUGUGCCGAGAUGUGUGUGAACACCAAGGGCUCCAGGCGCUGUGAGUGUGGGCCGGGCCGCGUGCUGGAUGAGGAUGGACGCCACUGCAGAGAGAUAGCAGGCUGCCACGUUAACAAUGGAGGCUGCAGCCACGGCUGCUCCUCGCUGCUGGACUCCUAUCAGUGCCACUGCCCCAGAGGGCUGGAGCUGGGAGAGGAUAAACGCACAUGUCAGGUGCCAGUCCAGUGUGAGUCCAACUCUAUUACUGUGUCGGUCCCUAAGGACCUUGUAGGAGGACUGGAGCUCUUCCUGUCCAACUCGUCUUGUCGAGGUGUCUCCAAUGGCACGCACAUCAAUCUCAACUUCAGCCUCAAGACCUGCGGCACCAUGGUGGAGGUGACAGACAACAAGAUUGUGGGGACCAACCUGGUGACAGGCCUUCCCAAGAGCAGCCCUGGUAGCAGCAGAGACUUGAUCGUCCGCACCAGCAAGUUGGUGCUCCCAGUCACCUGCGAGUUCCCCAGGGAGUACCACGUGUCGGACGGAUACCAGGCAAGUCUGCGCAGCUCAGCCCUGCAGCUGGCAGGCCACAGCGAGGGCGUCUUCCCCUUCUCCCUGGAGCUUUUCAAGAACGCUGAGUUCUCAGAGUCCUACCGCACCCCGCCACAGCUCCGCCUGCAGGACUCCCUAUUCUUUGGGGUGGAGCCCAAGGAGAGACUGGAGGGCCUCUCCGCACUGGUGGAGAGCUGCUUCGCCACACCAGGCCCCAAAGCUGACCAGGCUCUCAAGUACUACCUCAUCAAAGAUGGGUGCAUCUCUGAUGAGGCGGUGACACAGUACUCCUCAAAGGACCAGCUCUCUAAACACUUCCAAGUCCCUGUCUUCAAGUUUAUCGGCAAGGACAACCAACAAGUGUUCCUCCACUGUCAGGUGUUAGUGUGCGGGUCAGGAGACUCCCGCUGUGCUCAGCACUGUCGAGGACGUGUCCGACGGGAGGCACGGACCAGUGACCCUCAGGAGCAGCACACGCUCACUGGAGGCCCCAUCUUCAUCCUGCCUUAGUCAUGAUGCUAACACUCAGCCAGGAACAUGGCAUGAGAACAGGCCAGCAGCAUAUAGGGCAGAAUUUAUCUGCGGGUAGGAGGGUUGU